AGGCGAGACGCGGGGGCUAGGGAGCCCUUACCGGCCGAGCCUGACGGCCGGAAGUGGCUGUUUUGGGAACGGAACUGGAGCAGCGAACUUCCGGCCCAGGUCUCCUACCUCGAGCUCGUCCGCAGACCGUGUCGGAGCCGAGCCCUGCUGAUCAGCAUGAUCACGGACGUGCAGCUCGCCAUCUUCGCCAACAUGCUGGGCGUGUCGCUCUUCCUGCUUGUCGUUCUCUAUCACUACGUGGCCGUCAACAAUCCCAAGAAGCAGGAAUGAAAGUGGCGCUUUCUCCGCCCCAGGGUUCCAGGACAUAGUCUGAGGCAAGAUGGAGGGUGUGAGGGGCCUUCACACUUCACUUCAUCCCUUCUACCCAUCACAACAUACAAAGCAACUACACCUGGAUUUUUCCAAACAACUUUUAUUUCCUCAAAGUCUUCCUUAACCUUAUGGAACAAGAAGCUGCCACUGAAUAGGGCCCAGCAUAGGGCUACUUUCUUUUCUACUCCCUCCCCCCAAUAUAAAAAUAUAGAUUUUU